AGUCCUUAUCGGAAAUGUGUCAACCGGGAAACCUCAUAUCAAUUUUAGAAAUAAGAGAAAUAGUAGCAUGACGCAUUUCAGUUAGUAAUAAUAAAAUCCAACUUUGAAGCUAUUGUUUAAUCGUUAAUAUGUAUCGAAAAAAUGUGCUGCUAUAUGUUUGUUUCAUAAUUUGGGUUUCAAAAUCGAAAGGACAAAAUGAUUAUUUUUUAACAAAAAAAUAUGAUGAUGAAAACGUUUACUGUAUAACAAAUAGUUCUUUCGCAUUAAGCUGGGUAAAUGAGCCCAUAAAAGAGACAUUCCAAGCAGGUUCACGUUCUCAAUUCAUUCCGUUCACUUCAAACAAUGAUUUUGAUUUUGAAAUGGAGGAGAACGACCUGAAAACUUCCCAAUUUAUAAAGACGCCUUGGAUAUUAAAAAACUCUUUAGAGUCAAAUUUUAAUAAAGUUAUUUUAGAUGAGAGAUGGGAAGAAAUGAACAUAGAAAUGACCGAAGAAACAGAUGACAGAAGUGUGUUUUUAAAAUAUAUUCCAGUUUUGGCAAUAAACAAUACAAAUUUUGAAAUACCACUAUCUAUUCGUAUUAAAGAAGAAGCUCACAUAUUUUUAUGCGAUGGAAAAAAUCCUUCAGACUCAAACUGUUACUGGCUUAUGUUACAAGCCUGGGAUGGAAAAAAAACAGCAAUACGAAAGUGUUCAAGUAACGAAAUACCUAGUGAAAAAAGAAAAUAUCCCACUGCAAAGUCCUGUAGUGAACCAAAAUUUACAAUUGAGCAUCCAGAUGUUACUCGUUACCUUUUCGCAAACAAAUGGACCCACUUUAAAGUAAAGAAAGAAGGGAAGAAUAUAACAUUCACACAAUUUGAACUACAUAAGUCCAAAAUAAUCUUCAACUGGAAAGAUAAAGGAGAACAUGUAAAUGUGAAACACAUGAUUAUACACAGUAAGACGAAUAAUGGCCUAUGGAAAAUUCAUAACGUUACUUACAUGUACACAAACAAAGAAUUAAACUAUAAUGAAUUUGGGCCACCGAUUGAAACAUUUGUCAAAAAUUCGGUGUGUCUUUCGAUGUACAUUUCAAUGUGCACUUCCUGCAAAAUUACACUAACACUUGAUGAAGAAAACUCACCAAGUUAUAAAAACAGCAAACAAUUCUUCUCUGAAGGUCCGGGUUGGUUUCAAAUUAGGUUUAUUAUGUACAUCAAUCCAGAGAGGAGAGCUCGAUUUUUAGUGUCUACUACUGGGUCUGAAACUGAACGGUAUUGGGCUGUCGAUAAAGUCAGACUAUGUCAAGAAAACGAGUUUAGAAAAAUUGGACUUUCGGAAAGUGCUUCGUGUCAACUAAUGUCAGACGAAAAUACCACUUCUCUAAGUAAUAAGAAUGUGCUCUCUGAAAGUACAUGUCCAGAAAAUACUAUUGGAAAAUUUUGCGUCCCGUGUGGAUGGAUUUAUAAUGAAUGUAAACAAGUAAAAGUUUGUACUUUCAAUGACUGCACUUGCUCUGCAGGCUAUAUUGAGGCUAACUGUAAUGAUAAAUGUCGCCAGGGAACUUAUGGUCAUGGAUGUAGGAACAAAUGUGGAAACUGUAACAAUGGUUGUGACAAAAUCAACGGAACUUGCUCUAACAACAAAUGUAACGAAAAUUUCUUCGGCCCAAAAUGUGACAAAAGGUCAACAGUAACUUUUCGAAAAGCACCAAUGGUUAUAAAUAUCACUUACACCAGUGCCACUGUAAAUUUAACUAGUUUUGAGGUUGAAAAUGAUUUGGGUAUAGAAACAGCUGGAUAUUUAUUUCAAUAUAAAGAAGCAGAAGACAAAAGUAAUAAAUGGGCAAAUACUAAUUUAAUUAAUUUUGGUCAAAUUGCACACACUACGAUUGAUCAUUUAAAAGCAGACACAAAGUAUUUUGUACGAGCUGUUAUCAAGUCUGCGAAUGGUACAAUCUACAGCGAGUACAUUGAAAGCUUUAAUGUUUUUACAACUAAAUGCAAAGAUGUGACUGAAGAACAAAUUGUUGUCACACCAUUAAACACAAGUGCUACUGUUUCAAUACAGAGGGCACAAUACACGUGCAGAUUAUUCAAAUAUAAAAUAAUUGUUGCCGGUGUUGGAAAGGGAACUAUUUUAAACGAAAGUGUAUUUUUUGACAAAUUAAAUCCAUUUACACAUUACACUCUAAAAGUAAUCACCAGUUCUACGUCAAGCAUAGAAAAAAAAUUCCAAACGAUCGAAGGAGUGCCUCAACAAAUUUCUGAUUUAAUUAUCAUAAAUAACUCUGAGACAUCCAUAGACAUUAAAUGGCCAAAACCGAAAUUAAUAAACGGCCAGUUCAAGAACUAUGUCGUUGAAUAUCAGCGCGUCUCUUCUCUAGCUUGCAAUCAAAGUUUUUCAGCACCGACAUCCAAAAAUACCUUCACAACGACCGGAGACUCCACCAGAAUCCAAAAAUUAACUCCCUAUUCGAAUUAUUCAAUAAGUGUUUUUGUCACAAAUUCGAAAUUCAAAGGACCUCCCCAAAUUAAACACGAAAGCACAAUGUCAUCUAAUAUAAUCAAAAUGAAUGAAGUACCCAAAAUUAGUGAAAUUAAGACAAGUCAUUAUAGAGCCAGAAUAAUGUUUUCGGAAACUCGAUGCGAUGAAAUGAACGGUCCUUUGUGGUAUCAAAUGGCUUAUAAUUGCACCAGUCCAUGGUGUUUGACUACUAUUAUUAAUACAUUUACAAUUAAGUAUGACAGAGAAAAAAAUUACUAUGACUUACAUGACCUAAAAGCAUUUACAAAUUAUAAAUUACAAAUAAAAUACUGCAGAAACAAGAAUUGUGCUAAUUAUGUUAGCGAAUAUUCUGAAUUUAAAACAAAACCCUCAAAGCCUUUCAAAAUUAGAGAUUUGUUGGUUUAUUCAAAAAAUGGAAGUUCUGUGUCUCUGAGGUGGAGACCUCCUUAUCCACCGACAGGUGAUCUAAAAGAAUAUAGAAUCAACGAUAAUUAUCGUAGUUACUCUGAAACACUGAAAAGAGAAAUGACAGAAUGUAAGUUAUGGCCAGAAUUCCAUUGCGUUGAUGUAACUAAUUUAAAUUCAAAUAAACAGUAUACUUUUGAGGUGGCGGGUAAAAAUCAUGAACCGAAUGAUUUUGGACCAACUGAAUCAGUUACAACUACUACGAAAACAGAAAAAUCGCAACCUCCUUACGAUUUACAAAUGAAAUGGACGCCUAAAAAUGACUUAGAACUUGAGUGGAAACAUCCUAAUGCCACAAAUGGUGAAAUUAAGUAUUUUAGCAUCAGAUUAUUCAGCAUGUCAGAUGCAGGUUUUUUACACAACCUAACAAUAAACAACUACAACUUGACUUAUCACUUUAAACUUAAUUCUGACGAAAUCCAACCUACGACAAGUUACAGAUUACAAAUUGCGGCUUGUAAUGAAAGAGGAGAAGGUGAAUUUUUAACUGGAGACAAUACGAGUCCACCAGAUGUACCAAAAGUUGAUCUCCACACCGAAAGCUCAAACGAAACAAUUACUGUUAAAUUCGAUACCAACGAACUGCGGGGAAAAACCGAUAGUUUACGCUUAUUGUUGUUUAUUUCUGAAAAAAGUGGAAACGCUAAACUGGAAAAUAACAUUGUGACUGGAUUACAAAACUUAAAAUUAGUGUCUAAUUGCACCUCAAACUCAAUUUCCUUUAAAUCACUCACAAUAGGAAACAAUCAACAGUCGACACAUUGCACACAAAUGGAUAAUCCUCCUUUAAAACCUGGAACUCCCUAUAACAUAACCGUGGUCUUGAUCAAUUACUUCAACCAAACAAACCGGACAAACUUAUUUACAAUCAGCACAACCACAAAAAGCACUUCAAUUUAUGCGGGACCGAAUUUAAAUUUGCUUGCUUUACUAGUUUUACUAUUAGCGAUACCACUAAUUGUUUUGUAUUUCAAAAGACACGCGAUUUUAUCUUGGAUACAACGAAUACAACGAGAAGAUACAAAUGAAAUUCCAGACGUGAAAGACGACCAAAUCCCCUUAACAGGUCUAACACCCCAAAUAACUCAAACAAGAAACCCGAGAAAUGAAGCGAAACCUAAAAUCCCCUCCAAAUGUAUUAAAAUCAUGGAAUUUGAAAUGUAUGUGAAAGAAUCGAUUCAAAGUGGCGAACUGGACCGCCAACACGCUUUGUUCCCUCGUGGCCAAACCAAGCCAUGGAAUUACGGAUCUUUGAAAGAAAAUAAAUCGAAGAAUCGUUACAAUAACUUGAUUGCAUACGAUCACAGCCGAGUUAUUCUUCAAAAAAUCAAAGGGGAUUCAUAUUCUGAUUACAUCAAUGCCAGUUAUAUUGACGGCCACAAAAUUUCCAAAGCUUACAUCGCGACUCAAGGCCCUAAAGCAGUCACUCUUAACGAUUUUUGGCGAAUGGUUUGGGAACAAAACGUGAUGCAUAUCGCGAACCUUGCUAACGUUUAUGAAGGUGGAAAAAAAAAAGUCGAAAAAUACUGGCCCGACAUUAACGAAACCCUCCAGUUCGGGACAAUUUCAGUCCAACAUCUCUCAACUCAAGUUUUUGCAGACUACGAACACCGGUUCUUCUCCGUGUGUCAAAACAACGAAAUUCGAAAAAUCGACCAAUUACACUUUAUGUCAUGGCCGGACCAUGGAGUACCUCUCUACUCCCAAAGCUUAGUGCCCUUUUUACAAAAACUCCUCAAAUUCCCUCUCAGUACCUACUCGCCCAUUGUGGUCCAUUGCAGUGCAGGGGUCGGCAGAACUGGUACUAUCCUCCUGUGUGAUAUUUGCCUGAGAAUGGCGGCACGCGAAGGCACUAUCGAUGUUUUGCGAAAUUUGGAACACUUGAGACAGCAAAGAGCCAACAUGGUUGACAACAUUGAACAGUACAAAUUAGCGCAUUUGGUCAUUUUGGAAUGUUUGGUUGGCAUGCACACCAGUAUCGGCUGCACCGAAAUCAAAGACUCGGUUAACCGGAUUUUGGCAAAUGGGACAGCGACUUUACAAAUGCGAUAUUUGAAAAACACCCAAUGGCAAGACCAAGCCAUGAAAACGGUGGCACAAAUAGUAGAAGAAGUGCCCAUAAUUGAGGAAAAAAACCGGUUCAAAGGAAUCAUUCCUGAAAUUCAAGGCCGGGUGUUUCUCUCGCGCUUUCCCAGCGAAGAUGAGACUUCCUCGUACAUAAACGCGGUCAAAGUUGAUGGUUUUCGGUCACCUGGCCGCUUUAUAGUGACCCAGCAACCAAUGCCCAACACUUUGGGUGAUUUUUGGCGACUUGUCGAGGAAAACGACAUCCGUGUGAUUUUAUCUCUAAACGACGUGAAUCUCAAAAAUAAGACUUCGUGUAGGUUUUGGCCAACACGAAGCAAUCCUGAAAUGACUCCAGUGCCCCACAUUACGCUCAAAUAUCUCAAGAAUGACCUUUCCGAAAGCUACAAUAUCACAACCGUUCAAUUGAUCGCAAAUUCCAGAAAGGAACAGUUUUCGGUCCAAAUAAUUUCAGUCAAACAUUGGACUUCGGGCAAUAACUGUCCGGAUAAUAUUGGCAAUUUUCUCACAUUUUGGCAAGAAUCCGACGCUAUAAGUCGCAGAUCGAAUCCAAUACUUGUGACAUGCUAUGAUGGAGUUACGGCGUCCGGUUUAUAUGUGGCUUUGUCGUUCGUUAUCGAAAAAAUGAAUUUAGAACAAGUUUGCGACGUUUGCCAAGCUGUAAGAAGUGUCCGACAUAACCGGGAACAAUUUGUUCAAAACGUCGAACAGUUUGAGUUUUUGUAUAAAGCGGCGUUGCUUUAUAUUGACAGAUUUGAAUCGUAUGCAAAUUUUAAUUAACCACAAUAAAUAUUAUUCAUUUUA